AUGGACAGUGCUGAGGACCCAGCCUGGCUCCAGCUGCUCCCAAAGGACCUCAGCCCCCGAGGACCCCAGCCCACUGCCCUCUGCUGCCCACAGGAUGGGAGCCUGGGGGCUGGGGGCCGGGCCAUGAGAGCUUGUUGCCCCUCCCAGCAGAAGGCCAGCCCUGCACCCCCUGGGCACACCCUUGACCAGAGCCCAGGCAUGGACUCGGGACACAGGAGCCCCAGUGGGGCUGUGGAUGGGGCCUCCUACCCCGAGGGCCCUGGUGGGAGCUUGGCCUGCCCCUCCCCAAUCCGCAUCCCUCUCCAAGAGGCAGCGUCCAAGGAGACACUGGGGGCACGUGAAGCUCCGAUCUCAGGGACACCAGAAGCCACCUUGUCUGAGAAGCCAGAGCCUGUGUCCUCAGUGAAAACCAAGCCUACGUCCUCAGAGCACAGAAAUCCCGUGCUCUCGGAGAAGGUGGAUUCCGAGUCCUCCAAGCAGGCAGACUCUGCUGCCACAGGAAAGGAAGGUUCUGGGUUCUCGGGGAAGGCAGAGCCCGUGUUUGCAGGAAAGACAAAGCCUGAGAUCUUGGGAAAGGGAGAUCCCAUGGCCUCUGGAAGGAUGGAUCCCAUGACCCCGAGAAGGGAAGAGCUCGGCUCCUUGGAAAAGGUAGAGCCUGUGUGUUCCAGCAACAUGGAUACGGUGUCCCCAAGGAAGGAGAAUCCUGGGUCUCUGAGAAAGACGGAGCCUGUGUCCUCAGGCCGUGUGGGCCCUGCGUCCCCAAGGAAGGAGGCGCCCGGACACCCCGGGAAGGAGCAGCCUGUGUCCUCAGAAGAGGCAGGUCCUGGAUGUCGGGGAAAGGCAGAGCUUGUGUCCGCAGGAAAGAGAGGCCCAAUGCCCUUGGAGAAGGCAGACCCUUCGUCCUCGGAAAGCACGGCUUCCGUGUCUGCGGGGAAGACAGAGCCUGGGCCUCCGGGGACGCUGACUCCGGGGGCAUCCGGCAGGAGUGAGCCUGGAUCCUCUGGAACAGUGGCGGCUCCUGGGGCUUCGGGAAGGCUGGAUCCUACUCGCUUGAGGCUGGCAGGGCCUGCACCUGCGGGGAAUGUAGAAACUGUGUCCUCUGCAGAAGAGCACCCUCGGCUCCUGGGAGAGGUGGGCGCUGCCUCCUCAGGAGAGGGGUGCCUGGAGUCUCCUAGCCGUCCAGAGCCCACGCCUUCAGGAAAGACAGACCUCGAAGCUUUGAAGCCUCCCAUGUCUUCAGGCAAGGCAGACCCAGCUUCCUUGGGAAGGGCAGACCCUGCAACCUCUGGGCAGCCGGAGCCCUUGUCUCUAGGGCAGGCAGAAUGUGUCCCUGCCGGAAAGACAGAAACUGUAGCCUCAGGAAAGGAGGACUCAGUGUCCUCCAGGAGGGAGGAGUCCAUGCCCGUGGGAAGCAGAAAAACAUCAUCUUCUGAAAGAGAGCAUCGUGAAUCUUCGAGAAAGACUGACGCUGUGUCCUCAGGUCUAAGGGAUCCCAAGUCCCUGGGGACGGCAGGUCCCCCGCCUGCGGUCAAAGCAGAGGCAGUGACGCAGGGGGCUCCCCCCUCCUCGGAGGAGGCAGGUCCUGUGGCCUCCGGAAAGGGGCGCCCCGCAGCCCCCGAGAAGGCUGGGCCCCCGGCUGCGGGCACGGCGGGCCUUUUGUCCUCCCCAUCCCUUUGUCCCCCCAUGCUGUGA